UGACCUUUUUUUUACUUAAAUGAUAAGACUAUAGACGGGUCAUAAUUCAAACCAUUUAUUAAAAGCAAAAAAUUUUUAUUAAAUUGUUUUUCUAUCUACAAGUGAGUGUAGUGCGUUUGCAACUUAUAAAAUCGACAACAAUUGAAUCGAUUGUUAGUGUACUGUUUUUGUUGUUAAGGAAAAACUUAAAGAAAAGUUUAAAAUGACGGACGAACCGGUUUCAACCGGUGCAAUGAUUGUUGUCUCAAAUCGUUUACCGUUUGUAUUAAGUCGUGACGCCGAUGGUAAAUUGGUUCGAAAAGCAAGUGCCGGUGGGUUAGUAACAGCCGUUGGACCUGUGGUGAUUAAUGGAGGUGGUUUAUGGGUUGGAUGGCCUGGUAUACAUUUAACAAAUCCUGACGAAGAAAUACCAGAAUCGGAUCCAAAUGAUAAAACACCAACCGCCGGUUUACGUUCCGAUCAGGUUGUCGCUGUACAUACGAAUCCACAGUUAUUUGAUAGUUACUAUAAUGGAUGUUGUAAUGCGAUGUUUUGGCCACUAUUUCAUUCGAUGCCUGAUCGAGCGAAUUUUUCAAAAGAACAUUGGAAAUCUUAUGUAACCGUUAACAAAGAAUUUGCGGUAAAAACUUUAUAUGCGUUGAAAAAAGCGAAGGCAAAAUCCACAAAUGAUAAUGUACCAAUUGUAUGGAUUCACGAUUAUCAUUUAAUGUUAUGUGCGAAUUGGGUGAGACAAGAUUCUGCCGAGGAUAAAAAUCUUCAAUGUAAGUUGGGAUUCUUCUUACAUAUACCAUUCCCACCAUGGGAUAUUUUCCGAUUGUUUCCAUGGUCUGAUGAAAUAUUACAAGGUAUUUUGGGUUGUGAUUUAGUCGGAUUCCAUAUUUUGGAUUAUUGUUUGAAUUUUAUUGAUUGUUGUCAAAGGAAUUUAGGAUGUCGUGUUGAUCGAAAAAAUUUACUUGUGGAAAACGAUGGCCGAACAAUUAUCGUACGACCAUUACCAAUUGGUAUACCAUUUGAUCGAUUCGUACAUUUAGCUGAAACAGCACCAAAAGUUAUGUUAUCCGAUCAGAAAAUAGUUUUGGGUGUUGAUCGAUUAGAUUACACGAAAGGUUUAGUUAAUCGAUUGAAAGCUUUUGAAAUAUUGCUAGAAAAACAUCCCGAACAUAUUGAAAACGUGACGUUGUUACAAAUAUCGGUACCGUCAAGAACUGAUGUUAGAGAGUAUCAAGAAUUAAAAGAGGAAAUGGAUCAAUUAGUUGGACGAAUUAAUGGACGGUUUACGACACCCAACUGGUCACCAAUCCGAUAUAUUUAUGGAUGUAUUAAUCAAAAUGAAUUGGCUGCAUUUUAUCGAGACGCAGCAGUAUGUUUAGUAACCCCACUACGAGAUGGAAUGAAUUUAGUGGCCAAAGAAUUUGUGGCAUGUCAAAUAAAUACACCCCCGGGGGUGCUAAUUGUAUCACCAUUUGCUGGGGCUGGUGAAAUGAUGCACGAAGCAUUGUUAUGUAAUCCAUAUGAAAUGGAAGAAGCGGCAGAAGUUAUCCAUCGAGCACUUACAAUGCCAGAAGAUGAACGUACAUUACGUAUGAAUCAUCUUCGACGCAGAGAAAAAGUACACGAUGUAAAUCAUUGGAUGCGAGCUUUCUUAAAAGCAAUGGGUUCGUUAAUGACCAAAAAUGACGAUGAUGUCGGAGCAACAACAAUGCCCGCUGUUACAAUGGAUGAUUUUGACGAAUAUCUUUCAACUUAUAUCGGUGAAACACAUAAAUUAGCUUUAUUAUUAGAUUACGAUGGUACUUUAGCUCCAAUUGCAAAUCAUCCAGAUUUGGCUAUUCUUCCGCCAGAAACGAAAAAUGUGUUAAUGAGAUUAUCGAAUAUGUCGGAUGUGUAUAUUUCAAUUAUUUCGGGACGAAACGUCGAAAAUGUUAAGAGUAUGGUUGGAAUUGAAGGUAUAACAUAUGCUGGAAAUCAUGGUUUAGAAAUAUUACAUCCAGAUGGUACAAAAUUUGUCCAUCCAAUGCCCAUGGAAUUCGAACAAAAAGUAUCCGAUUUAUUAAAAGCGCUACAGGAGCAAGUAUGCAGGGAUGGUGCUUGGGUUGAGAAUAAAGGAGCUUUAUUAACGUUCCAUUAUCGAGAAACUCCGGUAUCAAUACGACAGCAAUUAGUGGGACAAGCUAAAACGUUAAUUGAAGAGGCUGGAUUUAAAGCAGGUCGUGCCCAUUGUGCGAUCGAAGCAAAACCGCCAGUACAGUGGAAUAAAGGUCGUGCUUCAAUUUAUAUAUUACGCACAGCUUUUGGAGUUGAUUGGAGUGAACGUAUACGAAUUAUUUACGCUGGUGAUGAUGUAACCGAUGAAGACGCUAUGCAAGCCUUAAAAGGUAUGGCAGCAACAUUUAGAGUUACAACUUCACAUAUUAUACGCACAGCAGCCGAACGACGAUUACCCUCAACAGAUGCAGUUUUGACGAUGUUACAAUGGGUUGAACGACAUAUUCAAAGACGUGAAAUCCGUCCAGAUAAUUUUCCACGAAAAGCUAGUAAUGCAAGUACUGGUGCGGCCGUACAAAUGCAAAUGACAUUCAACGAACAACGCAAAAAAAACGUUGAUUGAGUCUCUCUAGAAAUUUUUUUUAAUUUUUAAGUAAUCGUACGUCAAAAAACAAAAUGAAAAACGUGAUGGUGGAUGGAUAGGAGAAUGUUUGAUAUCCAUAAAAAUUUAUUGUAAAGUAUUUUUGGAAAUUGUAAAAAUAUUGUGUAUAAAAUAUUAUUGAGAUCGUUAAUUAUUUUUUCAGC